GGGACACUGUCUCCACCAAGCUUAAUGUUCCUUACAUUGUGUACAAGAUGUUACUUCAAAGACUGAACGUUAAAUCUUAAAGGGGCAGCAAACAUAGAUGAGCUGCCAUUAUCUAGGUAAAUGAGUUAGGCUGUCCCAUACAUUACAUACAGUGGCAUCCGUCACCAUAAGGUUCUUGCAUCCUUUAUUUUCUAUUCCCUAAUGUAUAUGUUAAAGAUGGGACUAAAAUGUGAUGUGAACUGCCCUGACUCUGCACCAUAUUCGUGAAUAAGUAUUUGCACCCUGUUGAUGAAUAUAGCACACGCUGCACUUGUCAGUUAUGAUGAAUUUUCCCCAAUUUACGUAACCUUUUUACAACUGCUUAUUAGUUGGAAUUUACUUUAGAUUCUUGAAAUUCGGUUCUUGUGGCAACUUGGACCUUAGGCUAUGUUUCUACAUUCCAAUUUUGUUAAUGCAGUUUUAGAAGCCAAAGCCAGAAACGAAUAUGUAUUAAAAAUUGACGUCAUACUGGAUCUUUGGUCACUGGCUGUAUCUGAUGACCUUGAUGUAGGGAAUGGACAGGAGUUAAAUGGUUAAUAAGAAGAUAUGCUCACUUGAAGGGGAGUUUCUUGUCAGGUGAAGUAUUCUUGUGUACGCCUUGACCGCUCCUCAGGAAGUCUGUCUGUACUCUGUGCCGCAGCUGCCCUUGAAUGUCAGUGACGUGGCUUAUUGUCGGACUUGCUUAACAUCUCUUAUCUACUGAUGGGUUUAGACAGACUAAGUGAGCAAGGUGAUAUAAGCCCUGCUUUAUGUGGAUCAGACAGAGCUCUGGUCCCGUGCAGUAGAGAAGACCCUUUCAGACAGGAUGGAUGUACGCUUCUCAGUCACCAUGCCCGCCACGCAAGGAUAUCCCGGCCUGUCUGUGCAAGUGUGUUCCAUGGGAAACAGCACCAGCCGCUUGUACAGUGCUCUUGCCAAGACGCUCAGCAGUACAGCUGCCAUUUCCCAGCACCAGGAUUACCCUGAAGAAUCUGAACAGCUGGAUCCGUUGGACCCCAAAGAUCUUCUGGAAGAAUGCCAGGUGGCUCUGCAGGACCGGCCCGCCAGGCUCCAUAGGCUGUUUGUUAGCCGGACAGAUGAUUUCAGCAGCCCAAACACCUUCCGAGUGAUGCAGUGGAAUAUCUUGGCUCAAGCUCUUGGAGAAGGAAAAGACAAUUUUAUUAAUUGUCCGAUGGAGGCACUGAAAUGGGAUGAACGAAAGUACUUGAUCCUUGAAGAGAUCCUCAUGUAUCGUCCUGAUGUCUUGUGCCUGCAAGAGGUAGAUCACUACUUUGAUACGUUCCAACCAAUCCUUAGUAGGUUGGGCUAUCACUGCACUUUUUUGGCUAAGCCGUGGUCUCCCUGCCUAGAUGUGGAACAUAAUAAUGGGCCGGAUGGCUGCGCCUUCUUUUUCCAUCAGGACCGCUUUCAGUUUGUCAGCAGUGCCAAAUUCAGGCUGUCAGCUCGGACAUUAAAAACCAACCAAGUAGCCAUUGCUGAGGUGCUGCAGUGCAAGAAAACUGGCAGGUCGCUGUGCUUUGCGGUCACCCACCUAAAGGCCCGCACUGGAUGGGAGAGGUUCAGACUUGCACAGGGCACAGAUCUUCUGCGGAAUCUUGAGUCCGUCACCCAAGGUGCCAAGAUUCCUCUAGUUGUUUGUGGGGACUUCAAUGCAGAGCCUACUGAGGAAGUGUACAAGCGCUUUGCCUCGUCCAGUCUUAAUCUCAACAGUGCCUAUAAGGUGCUUAGUGAUGAUGGAGAAACCGAGCCUCCCUACACAACUUGGAAGAUUCGUACUACUGGCGAAUCCUGCAACACGCUGGAUUAUAUAUGGUAUUCCCAGCAUGCCCUAAAAGUGAACUCUGCCUUGAGUUUGCUUACCGAAGAGCAAAUUGGGCCCAACAGGCUUCCAUCUUUCAACUACCCUUCAGAUCAUCUGUCUCUGGUCUGUGACUUAAGCUUUAACAUUGACCCCGAUAGAUUGUUAUAAUGGUUUUCACACUCAUCCUUGAUGUAUACCUAGAAAUUCUGUAUCUGUAUGAGGGACUUGAAAUAAUGAACCUAUUUAUUUUAAUGGACUCCAAUAAGUGUGUUCCAGAGUAAGUUACCUGUGACCAUUUCCUUACCAGAGCUGCUACGCCGCCACAAUGGUUACCAUGAUGUUAUAGACUAUUAUGCUGGGGUUAUUUUUGUAUGUAUGGUAUUUACAUUUUUAUUUUUCCAUACUGAGUUGUAGCAUUAGAACCAAAUGCCUUUUUGUAAUGACGUGCACACCUAUUUAAUUUAACGGCAGUUGUUUGUGUCAGUCACUUUUUCCAAAGUAUUUAUUUUUGUACUUAAAGCAAGUAGCAAAAAUCUAUAUUUAUUUGUUAAUUUAGGUAAGAACCAACAACGGGCAAAUUUUUUGUUCAAUGCAAUAUAAAAGGAUUUGCCAGUUUGAGGACCUAAUGUGAUUGUAUUAUUUUUCAUACAGAAAUUGGUGUCUUGAUGUUUUUGUGGAGCAACCAAAAUGAAAAUUAUCAGCCAUACUUAUGAGAAAUGUUAGAACAAAUGAAUGCACUAAGAAUAUUUAACCCUAAACAGUUCACAACGAAUGUAUUUUUCUUUUUAUGAACUAACAGAGUUGGAAAUGCUUAUUAAUAUUUUAAUUAUCCUCAAGAUAAUAUUUAAAAGUAUAAUAAUAGUGUAAUGGCCUCCCUGCACCUGGGUAGAAUGGAGCGCAUUAUUCACCCCAAUUUUGACUUGAAUGUUGUAAUGUGAAAUCUUAGUAUAAAUGGUUUGUUUCAUAGAAGCUAACAUUUGUAACUACAGUAAUAGAAAUGCCUCAACCUGAAUAACAUUUGAUAAAAUGCAGCCUCACCACAUGUCACCAUGAAUAAAGACGUAUUUAUUAAAAA